GGACUACAUUUCCCAGGAGGCGUCGCGGCCGCGCCGCACUACGUCCGGCUGCGAAGAUGGCGGCUUCCUAGCGAGUCGGCAGCCCAGUCGGAGGGAGGCUGAGGCUACGUUCCAGGUUACAGAAAACCCAACUCAAUCUAUCUGAAGCAAGAAAGGGGAAUUAGUGGCGUAUAGACUGGUUCCAGGUGCUCAGAACUCUGCCCGCUGUUCUCUGGGGCAGAAUUCUGGCUUCCCCCAUCCCUGCUUCAUCCAGCCACUCAGGAGCCAUGGAGGUGGCAGAGCCCAGCAGCCCCACCGAGGAAGAAGAGGAGGAGGAGGAGGAAGAGCAGUCAGUGGAGCCAAGGCCCCGUACACGCUCCAACCCUGAGGGGGCUGAGGACCGGGCACUGGGGGCCCAGACCAGUGUGGGAAGCCGAAGUGAGGGUGAGGGUGAGGCGGCCAGUGCGGAUGAUGGGACCCCGAACGCUCUGGGAGCUGGCCCCAAGCCCUGGCAGGUGCCCCCACCAGCCCCUGAGGUCCAGGUGCGGACACCAAGGGUCAACUGUCCAGAGAAGGUGAUCAUCUGCCUGGACCUGUCGGAGGAAAUGUCACUGCCAAAAUUGGAGUCAUUCAACGGCUCCAAAACCAAUGCUCUCAAUGUCUCCCAGAAGAUGAUUGAGAUGUUUGUGCGGACAAAACACAAGAUUGACAAAAGCCAUGAGUUUGCACUGGUGGUGGUGAACGAUGACACCGCCUGGCUGUCUGGACUGACCUCCGACCCCCGUGAGCUCUGCAGCUGCCUCUACGACCUAGAGACAGCCUCCUGCUCCAACUUCAAUAUGGAAGGUCUCUUCAGCCUCAUUCAACAGAAGACGGAGCUGCCAGUCACGGAGAAUGUGCAGACGAUCCCACCCCCAUAUGUGGUCCGUACCAUCCUUGUCUACAGCCGUCCACCCUGCCAGCCCCAGUUCUCCCUGACUGAGCCCAUGAAGAAAAUGUUCCAGUGCCCAUAUUUCUUCUUUGAUGUUGUUUACAUCCACAAUGGCACCGACGAGAAGGAGGAGGAGAUGAGCUGGAAGGACAUGUUUGCCUUCAUGGGCAGCCUGGAUACCAAGGGCACCAGCUACAAGUAUGAGGUGGCACUGGCCGGGCCAGCCCUGGAGCUGCACAACUGUAUGGCUAAGCUGCUGGCUCACCCGUUGCAACGGCCCUGCCAGAGCCAUGCCUCCUACAGCCUGCUGGAGGAGGAGGAGGAAGCCACUGAGGUUGAGGCCACUGUCUGAACCUUCCCUGUGCGUCCAUCCUGGUACCACGAAACCUAGAGUGUUGGUUCUUAAACUUUGCUCCAUGGGACCCCUGGGGGACUUCAAGGAAGCACUUGGUUACUUAGGAGCCCUGGAAGGAGACCCGUUAUUCCAGGAAGCAACCCAGGACUGUGGUCACCCAUGAUUCCCAGUCCAUAUUUCAGUCCCCAGUUUGCCAAUUGUAAUGUGUUCUUCCCUGUGUGAUUUUUGUCACCAGAAUAAAACCUGAGAAAUCUCUAACCGA